AAAUAGAACCAAUCGCAUCAUACUGUGUCAUAUGUCAUCAGAUGAUGAUCAGAUAUUCAGAUCUGUCAUAUGUGCGACAAAGCGGUGGAUUUAUCAGUGAAUAAAGAACGAACUUUUAACUCUUCGAAAUAAAUUUACAAAUUAAGUAUAUUGCAAUAAUAGUACUAUUUUGCUAUUAUUGAUAUAAUUCACUGAUUGUGUUUAUAUUCAUAGUGUUUAUUGUUUAACUAACAAAAAAUGUCUUUCGCUUCACAAAUGCCAAAUCGUGAUUUCUUGUGGGACGUUUUUCAAAGAGUCGAUAGAGAUCAUUCGGGUGCUAUUACUUCUGAUGAACUUCAACAAGCUCUUUCUAAUGGAACAUGGACACCUUUCAAUCCCGAGACAGUUCGAUUAAUGAUUGGUAUGUUUCAAUAUGAUAAAUCUCAUCAAAAAUCUUCUGAAAAAUCCACCGAUGACAAUCCAAAUGAUGGUGAUUCUUCAGGUAUGUUCGACAGACGACAAAGUGGAACUGUCAAUUUUGAAGAGUUCGGAGCUCUUUGGAAAUACGUGACCGAUUGGCAGAAUUGUUUCCGAUCAUUCGAUAAGGACGGAAGUGGAAAUAUUGAUCGUCAUGAGCUCAAAACUGCUUUGACGAACUUUGGCUACCGAUUAAAUGACGAUGUCAUUAAUAUGUUAAUUCGAAAAUAUGAUCGCGCCGGCAAGGGAACAAUUUACUUCGAUGACUUUAUUCAGUGUUGUGUUGUCCUUUAUACGCUGACUUCUGCAUUUAGGCAGUUUGAUACUGAUCAAGAUGGAGUAAUUACAAUUCAGUACGAACAGUUUUUGUCGAUGGUGUUCAAUCUUAAAAUAUAAUGCGCUUUGAAAUGCGUAUUUAAAGUCAAUAUAAAAAUUCAAU